GUUAGGUCAUAGGCUACGGAGGUGAUCCAACAAGGAAGUACCGGUGACAGACCGCGGUGAGAAUGGCGCUUCGGGCUGUCGGGAAUCGUCUGUGGCAUGUUCGCGGUAACUGUUUCAAGAAUGUGUCCAUCCAAACACUUGUAGAUGGCAGAUUCAAAAGCACCUGUCCAAUUAAAGUGAGCCACCUGGAUCAUUUGGUUCUGACUGUGAAAAGUGUGCCAGACACGGUCAACUUUUACACCUCUGUCCUAGGCAUGGAGGUCAUCACUUUCAAGGGAGAUCGUAAGGCUCUGGCUUUUGGCCAGCAGAAGUUUAACCUUCAUCAGCUCGGUCAGGAAUUUGAACCCAAAGCCAAGCGUCCGACCUCAGGCUCUGCAGACCUGUGCCUUAUUACCAAAACCCCUCUAGCUGCUGUAGCUGCACAUCUGAAGGUCUGUGGAGUGCAGAUAGAGGAGGGUCCGGUGGAGAGGACUGGUGCUGUGGGGACCAUCACUUCUCUAUACUUUAGAGAUCCAGACCACAAUCUCAUUGAAGUGUCAAACUACAACUGAUCAAUGGCAGACAAAGCCUCUUGAGACCUUUAUGGCUUUGUUUGUGAAUCCAGACAUGCAGAUAAUAUCAAUUACUUUUUCUGGUGGUUCUUGCCUGAUUACAAUAAAAUAAUACAUUAAGAGCUUUACUGUAAACCCCACUCACUAUUUUUACCCUGGGAGUGAUAACACCAGUUAGCUGUACAGAGAAGCUGUUCAGUUUUGCUGACGAUUGGUUGCUAUUUGUUAUACAAAGAAAAGCUGUUGUAGCACCCUAAACCCAGAUGGAAAGUAAAAAAGGAAACACUUUAAGAUACCAAGCUAGUUCACUUGAGAAGUACUUUGUAGAGAGGUGCCCUGCUUUUUAAGGUACACCUAAAACAGUGGUUUUCUUUUAAAAUAAAAAGGUUUUUCAGUGU